AUGUCCCCUCACUGCUGUCGGCAGUCCUCGUCGCCCUUGCCGCCCUCGCCGCCCUCGCCCGCCCUCACCGCGCUCGCCCCUCGCCGCUCUCGGCCGCCCUCGCCGCCCUCACCGCCCUCACCGCCCUCACCGCCCUCGUCGCCCUACCUAGCUGUCAAUGUUCGAAUGCUCUCAUCGGCGUUUGCACACGGGUCACCAGUCCUCCACCCCCCCCCGCGGACAUUAGUAUAUUUUGCGAAAGAACUUGCUCUUAUAAGGAUGUGGGAUGCAGUAAAUAAUGCCCAACUUUUUUCACUGUUGUCAAAAAUCAUUGUUGCAAAUGUUUGUUGGGAAUCAUUAACAUCACCCGAGCUACCUCUCCACGAUGUUGUAAUGGGAGAGCAGGUGCCCAACAAUGACUGCCAAUUUAAGAGCGUCUUCAUCCAGGGCGGAAGACGUGGGAACAGGAACGGAAUAUCCCCGCCUUGUGCAUUAUUAACUACUCGCCUUUUACGUUGCCUCAAUAAUUCUUUUUUUGGUUUACAACUUAUCAACAGUAAUCAGUGCCAUUCAACAACAAUGGUAGUAAAACAUAGUUUUCGCAGAGAUUUUGAUACGCCUAUUUACCCAGAGGAUUUUGAUACUACGCCAUAUUAUCCAGAGGAUUUUGAUACUACGCCAUUUUACCCAGAUGAUUUUGAUACCACACCAUUUUACCAAGAGGAUUUUGAUACUACACCAUUUUACCAAGAGGAUUUUGAUACUACGCCAUUUUACCAAGAGGAUUUUGAUACUACGCCAUUUUACCCAGUGAAUACCAGCUCAGAAAUCACUGGUAAAGCGUUACACCCGCUUCGGGUAUCAUUUCGACCCAACGCGCGCGCGGGGGCUGUGUGGGUGGAGGCGGCGGCGGCGAGUAGAUGCGAGGGGUGGGAAGGGCAGGGCGCGAUGGAGACGUUGCCAAACACGACCGCACACAAGCGACACAGCCGUAACAAUCGCGCGCAACGUUACGACGGACGUUACGACGGACGUUACCCGGCGACAUGUCGUUGGCCGCGGCGAGAAUCACGCACGCCGACUUCGCGCGUCGCCGCCUCCACCUACAGCCUCGACGGACUGCGAUGUUUUUCUGUU